AUGUGUGAACAAAUUAACAGUAUGGGGAAAAAGGUAGAUAAAAUGGUGUCUCGAGUAGACUCGUUGGUAAAGGAGCAGUUGCCUGUAGACUCGUUGGUAAAGAAGUUGCGUGGUCAAGACUGUGGCUGCACAAACAGUGGUGACGGAGACGCUGGGAAUUGGAGCGCCGUCUGUGUCUGUGUUGUGGGCAAGUCUUGUAGUUGUGACUUUCAAGACGAGAAACGUGACAACGAUUGCUGUGAUGAUCUCAACGAGAUGUACCGAAUCGAACGGAAAGUGACAAAUGAAGAAACUGAAGACUGUUACGUGCCUGAAGCGUUUGUUCCUGUUGUACCUGUUACCAGUACCUCAAUGAGCCGGACGGAGCAAGACAACGUUGGGUCUGCGUUCAAGCCUGUUGCUAUGGACCUUAAAGACCUCUGCCUAUCUGUCGGUGCUCACAAGAGAAAUUCGAAGCUUGACAACUGCAUCCAGAAGUUUAGCAUGAACUGUACGUGCGGCGCAUCACACAUAGAAUUUAAGAUGCUAAGAAAACCACCAACAGGGCAUAUGUACUUCUACCAUCAUCAUCGACAUUGGCAUAGAUGAAUGUCAAUCAAACCACUCUAAAUCUGAGCUGUCAAGAGGAAGACAUUUUCCACUUGAACCUGAAGAGACCUAUCUUCUGGACGUAAGACUGUUGUCUGAGGAUGACUGCGGUGCAUUGGACUUUGCUUGCAACGUGGCUGCAAGCGAACCUGCAGCUCCCUUCAGAGGCGUCUGUCGGGAAGGUCUGCUGAGACAGUGUGUCCGAUCAACGGCUGUGCUGAAGAAAACAGUGCUCGACCCUAUCUCUUUGUGUGGCAAACGGCCACGUCAUUAUCGCAACAACAGCCUGGUCAACUGGAGAAAGAGAAAGCGGCACUGGAGGAAAACAAUGCGGAUGGCUUCGUGGGCAACACGCUCCCUG